UUCGGACACUCAACGCGGCACCUGUAGAAUAGUUGGAGAAAGUUCACCGCGCAGCAUUAGUUUGCCAGACGUCCGUGUUUACGCACACAGUAAAGUGACUUGUGGUAUCGUUUGCAAUGUCACCGGACAGCAGUCGUCUCUUCUAAAUCCCUUGAUUUAUACUAACCCAGGAUUUACCCAACAGGAAAAAGAUUGGCAUGUCUCUUCUCUGUGUGAGAGUAAAGAAAGCCAAACUUCAGGGCCCACGAGACAAAUUCAACACCUACGUUACCCUGAAGGUGCAGAAUGUGAAAAGCACAACAAUUGCGGUACGGGGGGAGCAGCCUUGCUGGGAGCAAGACUUUAUGUUUGAGAUCAACCGCUUGGACCUGGGUCUCAUUGUAGAGGUGUGGAACAAAGGCCUUAUCUGGGACACCUUGUUGGGGACAGCAUGGGUCCCUCUCAAAAGCAUACAGCAUGCAGAGGAGGAAGGCCCUGGAGAAUGGGCAUUGCUGGACUCAGAGGUUUUAAUGAAGGCUGACGAAAUCUAUGGCACGAAGAACCCUACGUCACACCGGAUCCUACUGGACACACGCUUCGAGCUGCCAUUUGAAAUCCCAGAGGAGGAAGCUUGCUACUGGUCCAGUAAACUGGAGCGCAUCAACUCCCUGGGGAUCCACAACGAGUACCCACUCCAGGAUGAUGAAGAGACACACCCACUGCCUCUCGCAGCCUCCCAGUGCUCGCUGGAUGACAUGGACAGUGUGGUAGAUGAUCGGGAUAGUGACUACAGGAGCGAGACGAGCAACAGUCUUCCUCCCCGGUACCACAGCACGUCCCAGCCCAACUCUUCCCUACACCAGUACCCUCUGGGACCACGUUUCCAGCAGCAGACAGACUCCUGCACAGAAUCGGUGCACAGUUUUGACCUGGACUACAGAGAGCACCAUGCCAGCAGCCCAGGAGAUUGUAGUCACUUUGGAUCUUCAGGGAACAUCAGCCAGGCCAGUUCUCCACUUAGUGAGAUUGGCCAUGAGAGUAUUGUGUGUUCAGAACUGGAGCAGUCGCAGCACUCAUUCCACAGUACAGGCUAUCGCCCACCCACAAAUGGACACCACACAGCCAAUGGACAGUACACUGCCAAAGGACACUGUCCUGCCAAUGUAAACACCUCUGUGGAGAAGGAAGGAUUGAAGUCUUCUCAAAAGACUGAAAGGGGUAACAGCAGCUCCUUGGAAAAAGAUGGUGUGCUCCAAGAGAAGAAUCAGCCAGAGAAAUCUGUAUGUUCCCAGGAUAAUGGAUCACCUCUGCCAUUCUCCCCAUCUCGACUUCGUUGGCUAAAGGCUGUCAACAGAGUGAGAGUUCAGCUUCAGGAGAACCGGUGGAAUGGAGAGAAUUCCACACAAGCCUGGCUGAAAUCAGGAAGUGGGAGUGGCCUGUUUGGGAUUGACAGUAUGCCAGACUUGAGGAAGAAGAAACCUGUCCCGCUGGUUAGUGAUGUGUCACUGGUACAGGCCAGGAAAGCAGGUAUCACCUCUGCAAUGUCCACACGUUCAUCCAUCAAAGAUGAGGAACUUAAGAACCACGUGUAUAAGAAGACCCUGCAGGCUCUGAUCUACCCCAUCUCCUGCACCACACCCCACAACUUUGAGGUGUGGACGGCCACCACGCCCACCUACUGCUACGAGUGCGAGGGUUUGCUGUGGGGCAUCGCCCGGCAGGGCAUGCGCUGCACUGAGUGCGGGGUCAAAUGUCACGAGAAGUGCCAGGAGCUCCUCAAUGCAGACUGCCUACAGCGUGCAGCAGAGAAGAGUUCAAAGCAUGGAGCAGAGGACCGCACGCAGAACAUCAUCAUGGCCAUGAAGGAUCGCAUGAAGAUCCGUGAGAGGAACAAACCUGAGAUCUUUGAGGUCAUCAGGGACGUGUUCAUGGUCAGUAAGGCUGUCCAUGCCCAGCAGAUGAAGACCAUCAAGCAGAGCGUGCUUGACGGCACCUCCAAGUGGUCGGCCAAGAUCACCAUUACAGUGGUCUGUGCUCAGGGGCUGCAGGCUAAAGAUAAGACGGGCUCCAGUGAUCCCUACGUGACCGUUCAGGUGGGCAAGACUAAGAAGCGAACCAAGACCAUCUAUGGUAACCUCAACCCUGUUUGGGAGGAGAAGUUUCACUUUGAGUGCCACAACUCAUCGGACCGCAUUAAGGUGCGUGUGUGGGAUGAGGAUGAUGACAUUAAGUCACGUGUGAAGCAGAGGCUGAAGAGGGAGUCUGACGACUUCCUGGGUCAGAGCAUCAUCGAGGUCCGGACCCUCAGUGGAGAGAUGGAUGUCUGGUACAACCUGGAGAAAAGGACUGAUAAGUCUGCGGUGUCUGGUGCCAUUCGUCUUCAGAUCAGUGUGGAAAUUAAAGGAGAAGAAAAAGUAGCUCCUUACCAUGUGCAGUACACUUGCCUACAUGAGAAUCUCUUCCACCACACGACAGACGUCCUUGGCCAGGGCGUGGUGAAGAUCCCAGGUGCCCGUGGAGAUGAUGCUUGGAAGGUCUAUUUUGAUGACGUAGUGCAGGAGAUAGUGGAUGAGUUUGCAAUGCGUUAUGGGAUUGAAUCCAUCUACCAGGCCAUGACGCAUUUUGCCUGCCUCUCAUCUAAGUACAUGUGCCCCGGUGUGCCAGCCGUGAUGAGCACUCUGCUGGCCAACAUCAACGCUUUCUACGCCCACACCACAGCGUCCACCAACGUCUCCGCCUCUGACCGCUUCGCUGCCUCCAACUUUGGGAAAGAGAGGUUUGUCAAGCUCUUGGACCAGCUUCACAACUCCUUACGCAUUGAUCUGUCCAUGUACCGUAAUAAUUUCCCUGCUAGCAGUAAGGAGCGUCUGCAGGACCUGAAGUCAACCGUGGACCUCCUCACCAGCAUCACCUUCUUCAGGAUGAAGGUCCAGGAACUGCAGAGUCCGCCAAGAGCCAGUCAGGUGGUACGGGACUGUGUGAAAGCCUGCCUAAACUCCACUUACGAUUACAUCUUCAAUAACUGCCAAGAGCUCUAUAGCCGCCAGUACCAACCAGUAGGAGACCUGAGUAAAGAUGAGUGCCCUCCAGAGGAACAAGGCCCCAGCAUCAAGAACCUGGACUUCUGGCCCAAACUCAUCACCCUUAUUGUCUCCAUCAUAGAGGAGGAUCGCAACUCCUACACCCCUGUGCUCAACCAGUUUCCACAAGAGUUGAAUGUGGGAAAGGUUUGUGCUGAAGUCAUGUGGAACCAGUUCUCCCAGGACAUGAAAUAUGCCAUGGAAGAGCAUGAGAAGCAUUGUUUGUGUAGGAGUGCAGACUACAUGAACCUGCACUUCAAGGUGAAGUGGCUGUACAUUGAGUAUGUGAAGGAGUUGCCUGCCUUCAGAGGAGUGGUGCCGGAGUAUCCAGCGUGGUUUAUGGUGUUCGUGCUGCACUGGCUGGAUGAGAAUGAGGAUGUAUCCAUGGAGUUCAUGCAUGGGGCUCUGGAGAGAGAUAAGAAAGAUGGCUUCCAGCAGACGUCGGAGCAUGCUCUGUUCUCCUGCUCUGUGGUAGAUGUGUUCACGCAGCUCAACCAGAGCUGCGAGAUCAUCAGGAAACUGGAGUGUCCUGAUCCCAGCAUCAUGGCCCACUACAGCCGUCGCUUUGCCCAGACCAUCGCCAAAGUCCUUCUUCAGUACAGUGCCAUUCUGAAAAAGAGAUUUUCCUCCUACUGUGACAAAGAGAAGAUUCCCUGCGUCCUGAUGAAUAAUGCCCAGCAGCUCCGCGUUCAGCUCGAGAAGAUGUUUGAGUCGAUGGGUGGAAAACAGAUGGACACAGAAGCCAGCGACAUUCUGAAUGAACUGCAGGUCAAGCUGAAUAAUGUUCUGGAUGAGUUGAGCUCCACAUUUGCAAACACAUUUCAGAGUCGUAUUGAUGACUGCACGCGGCAGAUGGCCAGCUUGCUAUACCAGAUCAAAGGGCCGGUCAACGCCAACAACCGCCACCAGGUGGAGGCAGAUGCAGACAACACGCUCCGCCCCCUCAUGGACUUCUUGGAUGGGAACCUGAUGCUGUUUGCAUUGGUGUGUGAAAAGACGGUUCUGAAGCGCGUGCUGAAGGAGCUGUGGAGAACUGUCAUGAUCAGCCUGGAGAGGACCAUCGUUCUGCCGCAGGGCAGUGACUCCUUCGGCAACAUAUUUUCAGCUGCCAAAGAUCUGGGUCAGCUCUCCAAGCUCAAGGACCACAUGUCUGGGGAGGCUAAAAACCUCACACCCAAGCAGUGUGCCAUCAUGGAUGUGGCUCUGGACACAAUAAAGCAAUAUUUCCAUGCUGGAGGGAAUGGGCUGAAGAAGACCUUUCUGGAGAAGAGCCCUGAGCUGGCAUCGCUCCGUCAUGCCCUGUCCCUUUACACACAGACCACUGACACGCUCAUCAAGAUCUUUGUCACUACCCAGCAUGCUCAGGUGCAUGGUGGGAAAGGGAUGAGGAUAACACAUAGUGAGAAAACCCAGCCAUCCAGGGCCUCAGGUGUGGAUAAGCCCAUGGGAGAAGUGUCCAUACAGAUUGAUCUAUUCACCCAUCCAGGCACAGGGGAGCACAAGGUGACUGUGAAAGUGGUGGCUGCAAAUGACCUGAAGUGGCAAACAUCCGGAAUGUUCCGGCCUUUUGUGGAGAUCACCAUGAUUGGCCCACACCUCAGUGACAAGAAACGCAAGUUCACCACCAAGUCCAAGAACAACAGCUGGGCACCGAAAUUCAACGAGACCUUCCACUUUAUCCUAGGAAACGAGGAUGGGCCAGAGUGCUACGAGCUGCAAGUGUGUGUGAAGGACUACUGCUUUGGACGGGCGGACCGCGUGGUGGGCGUCGCUGUCAUCCAGCUGGGUGAUGUUGCCCAGCGGGUGAGCUGUGCCUGCUGGUGCCCGCUGGGCACACAGGUGCACAUGGAUGACACCGGCCUCACUAUCAUGCGCAUCCUGUCGCAGCGCUCGGGGGACGAGGUAGCCAAAGAGUUCGUCAAGCUAAAGUCCGAGACGCGCUCUGCGGAGGAGGGAAGGUGAAGAGAGAGAGAGAGAGAGAGAGAGAGCGAGUAGGCCUCUCUCUCUAACAACGGAUGAAAAGUAGAAAGUGGGAAGGAUGUGUGAUUUGUUGGGAGGUGUCAUGACAUCUGUGCUGCUACUGGGAGCUGCCUGUGAUCUGUGGAUGAGGGUUCACUGGUGCACAGAUGGGCGGAGCAGACUCGUGGGCGUGUCCUGGCCAGGUUCCUGUGUUAUGGGGGAGGGGUUUGAAUGCUGCACAUGUGGGUGGAGGAGAUGGAAAAAUUGGGUUGUUCUCAUUCUACUGCUGAUUCAGAAGCUAAUAGCUUUUCACUAGCAGAAUGAUUCUCUCUGUUGUGCCCUCUCUCUCCCUGUCUCUCUCACACCCUCUCACACACUCUCUCUCUCUUUCUCU